UUCAAAAUUAUUUGUUCCAUUUUCCUUCUUGACAACUUGAAUGAAAGAUAUGCUGUUCGUUAUUCCAAAUAUUUGUCUGACUGUCAUAAGACAUCAAUGAUCGAUUCUAUCCUUCGGUUGCCCAUUAUACAAUUCAAUCAAAGCCAAUGUCUCUGUUGG